AUGGAUUGGGUGAGAAAUCCUUUCAUUGACUCAGCAUAUGAGACUGCAUUGUUUACCACUGAUGAAGAAAGUGAAUUGAUUCAUAUAAAAAAUGAUCGUGGUCUUAAGCUACAGUACUCUAAAUUAGUUGAAGACACUGCGAGAGAGUCAAAGUUAAAAAAAAUCAAAAUAAAUGUAGAGGUCUCAUCUUUUUGGAUAAAUCUAUUAAAUGAGUAUCCCAAGAUUUCAAGAAAAGCUAUGAAUGCGAUACUGCCUUUUUCUACAUCCUAUAUUUGUGAAGCAGCAUUCUCUUCCAUGAAUGCCAUCAAAACUAAAAAUCGAUCACAACUGAAGAACUUGGAAGACGACAUGAGGGUGUGCUUAUCAACCAUUCGACCACGAAGGAAGCUAAUAAUGAAGACAAAACAGUCCCAAAUUUCUCACUAA